AUGGCUGCGCGACGGCUGUCGUCAAUCGUUGGCGGCAGGAAGAACGAGGCCUUUGAUUCUACGGUCGCGAAUGAGGUAAAAUUGGCUCAACUUGGGUAUGAACAAGAGCUCAAACGCUCAUUCUCCCUCCUCGGGAUGGUAGGGUUCAGCUUCUCAAUCGUCACAUGUUGGACAGCCUUGGGAGGUACUUUGAUCGUCGGGAUUGAGGCGGGAGGUCCUCCUGUCAUGGUCUGGUCCUGGGUGGGAAUCUGCCUACUGUCGCUCACCGUUGCAUAUUCUUUCGCCGAAAUGUGCUCCGCGUAUCCAACCGCGGGUGGUCAGUACAGCUGGGUCGCCAUCCUCGCGCCGCCAAAGUACGCCCGGGGUUCCGCCUUCGUGACUGGUUGGUUCAUGUGCACUGGCAUCGUGGCUAUGGGCGCUGUGAACAACUUUAUCACCGCGAAUUUCCUCCUCGGCAUGGCCAACUUGAAUAAUCCAUCUUAUACCAUCGAGCGUUGGCAUGUCGUCCUCGUAACCUACCUGAUCGCCAUUAUCGCCGCCGCAGUCAACAUCCUGUGCUCUCGCUUCCUCAAUCAAAUCUCAACCUUUGCCGUCAUCUGGAAUAUCCUGAGCUUCUUCGUCGUUGUGAUCACGAUCCUCGCCACCAAUGAUCACAAACAGCCGGCGAGCUUUGUGUUCUCGGACUUCCAGAAUGCUACGGGAUUCAGUUCGGGCGGGAUGGCGGUUAUGAUUGGGCUUUUGCAGACGUUGUUUGGAAUGUGCUGUUACGAUGCUCCUAGCCACAUGACUGAAGAGAUGCUCAAUCCUGCCAAAGAAGCCCCUCAAGCCAUCAUCCUCUCCGUCUACCUCGGCGCUGUAACUGGCUUCGUCUUUCUGAUCUCGGCUUUCUUCUGCAUCGGCGACUUGGAAGCUACCGCGACCACACCCACUGGCGUCCCGCUAAUCCAGAUCUUUGUCGACAGCACCUCCUCAAUUGGCGGCGCGACCACUCUGGCAGCGAUGAUCACCGUGAUCGUUGUGAUAUGCGCGAAUUCGCUCAUGGCCGAAGGAAGUCGCGCACUUUGGGCGUUCUCGCGCGACCACGGCCUGCCUUUUAGCAAGAUUUUCGCCAAAGUGGACAAGAAAUCCCAGGUUCCGGUCUACAGCAUCUUGCUGUGCAUGGUUUUGCAAAUGGGCCUGAAUAGCAUCUACUACGCCUCCUAUGAAGGCUUCAGCACCGUCAUCUCCAUCGCCACGUUCGGAUUCUACCUGUCCUAUGCGGCGCCCCUUUUCGUUCGCCUUUGGUCCCUUGUCACGCACUCCAAUCCUUCGGCAGUCACGAUCAACGGACAGUAUACACUGGGGAAGUACAGCCCCUACAUCAACGCCGUCGGCCUCGUCUUCCUGAUCUUUGCAGGGAUCGAUUUCAACUUCCCACAGGUCGGACCCGUUACUGGCGAGAACAUGAACUAUUGCUCGGCCGCGUUCGGCGUCAUAGGAUUGGUAUCAAUUGUGACGUGGGUAUUUGACGGCCGGAAGAACUUCACGGGGCCGCAAACACCGGGCAUUGUCAAUGCGAUUGAGGCCGACGCAGGAGACAAGGAUGUACGCAUUGGAGCAGCGGCUGGUGCUGGUGCGGGAGAAAAAGCAGCCACUCGGUCGCCGGCCAAGGGAAGCGUUGACGACGGAUCGAGCGAUGAGAAACCUGGCGACAUCGAGGCAAGAUAG